GGAUAUAAAUGAAUAUGUUGAAUACAAAGGAAAGUGAGAUCCUUCACUCUUCCUUAUGGUUCAUGGUGCUUCUGCUUUGCUGUAUCAUUCAAGGAGAGUCAUGUGUUCCUAUCAAGAUAGAAAUGAAUACAGAGAGUGACAUUGAGUUCCUAGCUACUCAACGUGCACUACAGAUGUAUAAUGAAUCUAAUUUUACGUUUGAGUCGAGAAAUAAGAAUAAUAUGACCGCUAUUAAUCUGUAUGAGUAUGUUCAGUCUCUCCUCGACCAUGAUGUUGCCGUGAUUAUUGAAGGCAUGGGAACUAGCAAGCAAAGCUGUUCUGCAAGUGCUGUUGCUAAUAUUCCACUAAUAAGAAUUCAUGACAGAGUAAACCGCGAAAUAUCAACAAGUCUUCAGUUCUGUCAGCCCUCCUUUGCAUUGAAUGCUGGGUACGAGGACUACUCGGAGGCUGUGAUGUCAAUACUGGACAUGUUUGGAUGGAACACAAUGACCCUUAUUUAUGAUACUGAUAGAUUCCAUGAAGUGGCUUUCUUCAGCUCACUAAGCUUGGCAAGAAACUGUCAGCUGCACUACAUAAACGCGCAGCACACCAAUGAAGAUCCGAAAUCCGAUGACAACAUUUACCGAAUCGUUAAACAAAUUCAAACACUGUCAAGUCAAGUUCACAUUCUUUUCAUUGAUAUCGAGAUGAUCAAAAAGAUCCUAGAAAAGGUAUUACUGUGUCACACCAACCAAAGCAAUACAAUAUGGAUCAUCAGUGGGGCGGUUCCCAUGAAAUUGUCAGCAAUAAACUCUCAUAUUGUUAUUGGAUUUCGACAGUCCUUGAAUGACGAAGCAGCAGCGAGGGACCUUGUUGCUAAUAUUACGAAUCAUCUAGCAGGGAGCAAAGAUCCUUCAUUGGGAGACUACGAGGAAGAUGUGGCCUUAGCAUCUGAUGCUGUUCUUGUUGCCAUGGACGCCAUCAGGAAACAAAUAGCGGACGGUUUUUGGACUCGGGGAAACUCCAGCAAGACCGUCACGAAAAGAGGAUCAAUACUGAAUAAGUACAUUAGUAAGGUCAGUACUCGAGGAAUGACAGGAUCGAUUGCGUUUGACGAAAAGGGAAGAAGAAAAGACGUCCAAUUUGACGUGUUAAACCUUCGCAAUAAUUUAUUUGUGAAGACUGGUUCUUACGAUAGGACUCAGCCUCUGUCAAGAAGGCUGCACUUGACAGAUAACUUAGAGCAAAAUAGUGAAGAGAAUAAGACAAAUCAUGGGAGACUAGAAGGAUCAAAGCUAAAGGUUGUCACUGUAUUGGAAACACCAUUCGUGAUGAAAACAAAUAAGUCAGAUGGCAGCUUUGUGUAUGAAGGUUACGCCAUUGACCUUUUAAAGGAGAUUGCUAAACAACAUAAGUUCAUAUACGAGAUCUACGAAUCCCCUGAUGGUAUGUAUGGAGCUGAAGAGAAUGGGAGAUGGAAUGGUGCCAUCAAAGAAUUGCUAGACGGGAAUGCCGAUAUAGCUGUCACUGCGUUAACAAUUACUGAAGCACGCGAAAAAGUAGUGGACUUCACAGCAUCUUACGAAUAUUACACAGAAGAUCUGUUGAUAAAAAAAGACACGUCAAAAGAAGGACUAGACUUGAUGCAUUUUCUCUCUCCCUUUACGAUUGAAAAUUGGACUGCAGUGUUAUUGGUUUUGCUUUUGGUGGCUACUGUUCUAUACUCCGUGAACUUCUGUAGUCCCUAUGGAAUGAAAAAUGAGGGAGGAUCUGGCACGGCUCCGGAGUUUUGCCUAUCAAAUUGUAUGUGGUUUUCUGUAGCUUGUAUGUUACAACAAGGCGCCGAUUAUCAACCAAAGCCUACGUCAGCUCGAAUCCUGGCCGGCAGUUUUUGGUUUUACGUUUUAGUCUGGGUUGCAACUUACACUGCUUAUUUGGCUGCCACCUUUACUGUCGAUCAACGCCUUCAUUCUAUCAAUAGUCUGGAAGGAGCAAUCGACUCAGGGCGUAAAUUUACUUUUCUUAAUGGUUCAAAUGUGUACUCGUUCUUUCGGGAUACAGACUUUCCAUUGUACAAGAAGGUUUGGGAACGCAUGAUUAUCAGUUCUUCUACUGCGGAUGCUGUCAAGCUUGUCCGACAGAAUAAUGCUAUUUACAUAUCUGGAGGAACUAUUUCGGAAUACACUGCCGGAAAAAAUCCAUGCGAUCUAAGACUAGUUCCAGGUCUUACAACCCCUGAGGGCAUGGGGUUUGCUUUAAAGUCAGGAGACCCCAGACUUGAUAACAUGACACUCUCUAUUCUUUACCUACGGGACAAUGGACACAUGUCGAAAUUAAAACGAAAAUGGUGGCUGUUCAAACAUGAUUGCGUUACUCAAACACAAACGAUUUUUAAACAACACCAAAUUACUUUGGACAAGAUGCUAGGCGUGUUUGCUCUUCUUGGUGUGGGGGUGUUCGUGUCGUUUGUGGUCCUUGCAAUGGAGAUAUUAUGGCACAAGAAGAAAGCAUCGAUCUAUUCAUUAAGGACAGAAUCUGUUCAGCCAGCUGAUGAUAAAGAAUGAAAACUAGCACUAAUUUUUUGACGUCAUCUAUUUAUCCAACCAAUGGUAACAUUACACAAUAUCACGUGAGGAAGACAUUCUUUAUACACUACUCUCUACAGAAUGGUUUGAGCUACAUAGUCUCAAGACAUUAAAACAAAUACUACAGUUUCGAGCUCUCCCUGUUGCUCAGGGUUAGACUCAAUUUUGUGCAGGAUAUUCAUGUAUUCCAGUGAAGGUCCGUGAAAAUUCAAAGUGUUUGUAUUAUUGAAGUUGUGCAUUCCUUACUUUACUGUUGCUAAUUACGAAUAUUUAGACACUGAUACGAGGCUUACCCUAAGUAAACGAGUCUGCAAUCGAGUAACACAGAGGUAAUUUGGAACUAGAAAAUGGUCUGUUUAACAAAUAGACAUCAGUUUUUUAUGUGUCUGUCCUCUUAUUGACGAUAAAUUGCGUCAUCACAUUUUCAAAGUAGUGUGGAUCAAAGAGGCGUAGCCGUACACUACUUUAUCUGUCUGUCCUCUUAUUGAUGAUWAAAAAAUAUCCAAUCAGCGCGCGAGAAAUUUGUGCGUUAUUGUAAAAUAACCCAUAGCCACGUCUUUUCAACUGGGACAACUGGACGACGACAGAAUAACGGGAGUUGAAUAUUAUGUUGUUUAUUGUUUAUUGUGACUCUGACAAAACGAAAGAAUGCAUGCGUUAAAUUCUGUGUGAACUACAAAAUAUGGGAAUUACGAAUAAAAGGGAAGAAUGGGAGCAACGUUCUCCAACUAAAUAACAAAGCCUGUUUACUAUUAAAUCAAGUGCAACUGAUUUCUA